GGGGGGUGUCGCCGUCGCUUGUUCGGCCGCUGCCGCGGCUGUCAGUUCCGGCUCUUGGGUCGACGAGGGAUCCGGCCUCGGAGCUGCCGCCUGAGGGGACUCGGCCUUGUCGCGACGCGCGGAGCGCCCGCUCCUCCCACCCAUCUCUCCGGCCAUGGCCCGGGACUACGACCACCUCUUCAAGCUCCUCAUCAUCGGCGACAGCGGUGUCGGCAAGAGCAGUUUGCUGUUGCGUUUUGCAGACAACACUUUCUCAGGCAGCUACAUUACCACAAUUGGAGUUGACUUCAAAAUCCGGACAGUUGAGAUUAAUGGCGAAAAGGUUAAGCUACAGAUCUGGGAUACUGCUGGACAGGAGCGCUUCCGGACCAUCACGUCAACGUACUACAGAGGCACCCACGGAGUGAUUGUGGUGUAUGACGUCACGAGCGCCGAAUCUUUUGUGAAUGUCAAGCGGUGGUUACAUGAAAUCAACCAGAACUGUGACGAUGUUUGCCGAAUAUUGGUUGGUAAUAAGAAUGAUGAUCCGGAACGGAAAGUGGUAGAGACAGAAGACGCCUAUAAAUUUGCCGGGCAGAUGGGGAUCCAACUGUUUGAGACCAGUGCCAAAGAGAACGUUAAUGUGGAAGAGAUGUUCAACUGCAUCACAGAGUUGGUUCUGCGAGCCAAGAAGGACAACCUAGCAAAGCAGCAGCAGCAGCAGCAGAACGACGUGGUGAAGCUAACGAAGAACAGUAAACGAAAGAAGCGCUGCUGCUAAUGCCCCUUCUUCUGCGGCAGAGACUGCGCUCGGACAGCUCAGCCCUUCCAGCCAGACGCAGGCGGUUCCACUGGCCUCGGCCUCGGGAGGACCGGCUUUCCUCACUUUGUGCCGUUAUUUAAAUGAGUUCUCUCCCGCGUUUUCGAUCAGGAGGCACCCUACCACAAUAGUGCCAAGAAGGUUUCGGGUGGAGGUGAUUUCUGCCCCCCUCUCCUUCCUCCUUUUUUCAAGAGUAUCGUGUAAACAAACAAAAGACUUUGCAUACCAAGUGGACUUUUGAUCCUAAGAGUUUGUAUAUAAUGUAUAGUGGCUUUAACCAGCUGCGCCCCCCUUGUGUUGCUUUGGCUUCUGCCUUCUUAAUAUCAACCGAUCAUGCAUUGAUUAAAAGUAAUCUCCCCCCCACCCCCAAAGAUAUAGUACAAUUCCCAUAAAUGAUGUUGCCUUGGUUGGCACCCGUCAUGCUUCGGCUGUAGUUAGCUACCAAGCCAGAAGGGGGCUCUGGGUGUUGCAGGCUGCAUUGAGAACCUUCCGAGCGUCUUCCAAAAUAGCCAGUGUUGUUUCUGGAGCUUUGGCAGUCCUGGGAAGAGCUCUCCUCCACAGUAUGGCCAGGGUUCAUCUUUCUCUUCUUUCUGUCCCAAGUUUAUCCUCAUUUAAUUAACAGGAAACCUUCAGGCCAAGAAAGGGGAAGAUUGAAACUUGUGAUCUCCCCACAGCCCCCUCCAGUUGCAUGACUCUCCUGUCAAGAGCUACAGAAGUACAAAUCCCUCAAAGCCCCUUUCUUCCUUUCUCCCUUCACCCAGCACACUGUGCCCUCAUGCGUUUUCUCUCCAACUCAGAAGGGCAGAUUUGAUGGGCAAAGUACCUUCGGUUCCCUUUCUUCCUUCAAGCACUGCCAAGAGUAGGAAGGGGAAUCGGGCUCUUCUAAAUCAUGCUUGCACUCAGCGCUGGGGCCUCCUCUUAGCAGGGAGGCUGUCUCUUGGGAAUUAAGAAAUCAAGGGAAGCUACCCUUUCCAAGUUGUGCAGCGGGUGACUGGAACUCCCUCGACACUGCCACUUCGCUCGCAAAGCACAAGGCCUUUCCUUUGGCUGAUGUGAGCUUUGGUAGGGAAAAAGGUAGGAUUCCAUGCUGCAGCAUUUGAGCACUGGCUUGUCUAGGGUAUUAAGACAGCCCAGGUGCGUAUGUGCGUCAAACCAGACUGAUUCUUCUUUGCCCCGAUACUGGAAGUUGCUGGUGCUCAAGUAAACAGGAGGUCCUUCGUAUCAACAUCGAAUCAUGGCGGAAAGGCUGAGUUGAAAACAGGUGUGUUGGUUUGCCUGCCUUGAAGAAUACAACAAAUGAUGGUUGUACGAGCCCCGAUCCUGCAAUUUGCAGAGCAGCUAGUCAGGUCCUGCAGACUUUCCCACUCCAGCAGUGAAUGUGACGGGUUUUUGCCCAUUAAAGUGUUUUGGAAAUCAACAUCCAUCCCAGCCACCCAUCUUCCAUGGCCGACUUCUCCAUGCGACUCUUCUUGCUUGCUUCUCAUGAAUUCAAGGAUGGGGACAUGAGCCAAGCAACCCGCUUUGGAACUGUGAGCCAAAGGGAACAUGUCAAUGGCUUGGUCUGAAAUGGUGGGAAGAUACUGAUGGAUUGGUUUGGGAUGGGUGGACCAAAGCAGCAGGGGGUCUUCACUGUGCGGGAGAAGGGGCACUCUUGUGAAGGUUGGGGGUGCCCAGGUGUGACCUUUGCCAGUCCAGCAGUCCAGUUUUGGAUCCUGUUCUGAAGUGUGGGAUGCAUUCCCAAGGCCACUGGUCGCAGCGUUUGCUCUGCUCUGGUCCUUCCUGGCAGCUGCUCCUGAUCCUGCAGUUGCAGUUCAGGGAGGCUGUGCGGUGACAGGUCACUUGAUGGACAGCACCAGAGGACUGUGCCCAUGGAGUAUUAAGGUUGGGGUUGGGGUGGGGGGGGCUGCGUCUUUAGCGGUGCUGAUGUCAAGCGGUGGAAUGUCUAACUGGUUUGCUAGGAUAAUUUCUGUAUAUUGAAACUUUCUAAUUAUGCUUUUUAAAUAAUUUUAAAAAACUAAAAAUAAAGGUGCCAAGUUGCCAAAUCUUC